GGCUGCCCAGCGUGCUCAGCUGGCCUGAGCGGGAGAAUGCGGCCCGCGCUGCAGCCAAUCAGCGUCCGCCUCAGGAUCCAGGGGUGACCACGUGCGGGAGCCUUGCGUCCCUGGCCUCGCUCCAUUCCCCACUUUUAACGGUAACUCGGCCUUAAGCCGUCCUGUGUGUACGUGAGGCUGAAAGGGAAGGAGGAACAGGGUCUGGGCCGCUGUGUGCUCUGCCGUCAUCUCUAAGAAACAACCAUACCACUGAAUGCUACUGUGUACUUACAAACCACACUCAUAUUCAUCACGUCAUUUCAUCUUCACCCCCACCUCCAAAUGAGGCUUGAAAUGAGAUGAGAUGUUCCUCCCUCCCCUUUCAACCAUGGACCUCACACUGUGGACUUCCUCUUAGAGCCUCUGAGUUAGGUACCCAAGCCAAGGCACAAUGUCUCUGCCCUCCAUAAGACUGCCCAGCCCCUAUGGCUCUGAUCGGCUGGUACAGCUAGCAGCCAGGCUCCGGCCAGCACUCUGUGAUACUCUGAUCACCGUAGGGAGCCAGGAGUUCCCCGCCCACAGCCUGGUGCUAGCAGGUGUCAGCCAGCAGCUGGGCCGCAGGGGCCAGUGGGCUCUGGGAGAAGGCAUCAGCCCUUCUACCUUUGCCCAGCUUCUGAACUUUGUGUAUGGGGAGAGUGUAGAGCUGCAGCCUGGGGAGCUAAGGCCCCUUCAGGAGGCGGCCAGGGCCUUGGGAGUGCAGUCCCUAGAAGAGGCAUGCUGGAGGGCUCGAGGGGACAGGGCUAAAAAGCCAGAUCCAGGCCUGAAGAAACAUCAGGAGGAGCCAGAGAAACCCUCAAGGAAUCCUGAGAGAGAACUGGGGGACCCUGGAGAGAAGCAGAAACCAGAGCAGGUUUCUAGAACUGGUGGGAGAGAACAGGAGAUGUUGCACAAGCACUCGCCACCAAGAGGCAGCCCCGAGAUGGCAGGAGCAACGCAGGAGGCUCAGCAGGAACAGACCAGGUCAAAGGAGAAACGCCUCCAAGCCCCUGUUGGCCAAAGGGGAGCAGAUGGGAAGCAUGGAGUGCUCAAGCGGUUGAGGGAAAAUCCAGGGGGCUCUGAGGAAAGUCUGCGCAAGCUCCCUGGCCCCCUUCCCCCAGCAGGCUCCCUGCAAACCAGCAUCACCCCUAGGCCCUCGUGGGCUGAGGCCCCUUGGUUGGUGGGGGGCCAGCCUGCCCUGUGGAGCAUCCUGCUGAUGCCGCCCAGAUAUGGCAUUCCCUUCUACCAUAGCACCCCCACCACUGGAGCCUGGCAGGAGGUCUGGCGGGAACAGAGGAUCCCACUGUCCCUAAAUGCCCCCAAAGGGCUCUGGAGCCAGAACCAGUUGGCCUCCUCCAGCCCCACCCCAGGUAAGCCCCUCGCUGUCCUGCAUACACCUGUAACAUGGUGUCUUCUCUGGGGUGGGGCUCGAGGAGUCCAGCCUGAGCAGGGCCCCUACCUCCCACUGUUCCCUCCAAGUUCCCUCCCCCAGGGCCCCGCACAGCUCAGCCCUGGGGAGAUGGAAGAGUCUGAUCAGGGGCACACAGGCGCACUUGCAACCUGUGCGGGUCAUGAGGACAAGGCAGGCUGCCCACCUCGCCCGCACCCUCCCCCGGCCCCUCCUGCUCGGUCUCGGCCCUAUGCGUGCUCUGUCUGUGGAAAGAGGUUUUCACUCAAGCAUCAGAUGGAGACGCACUACCGAGUCCACACAGGAGAGAAGCCCUUCUCCUGUAGCCUUUGUCCUCAGCGCUCCCGGGACUUCUCGGCCAUGACCAAGCACCUGCGGACACACGGGGCCGCUCCGUACCGCUGCUCCCUGUGCGGGGCCGGCUGUCCCAGCCUGGCCUCCAUGCAGGCGCACAUGCGCGGUCACUCGCCCAGCCAACUCCCGCCCGGAUGGACCAUCCGCUCCACCUUCCUCUACUCCUCCUCGAGGCCGUCUCGGCCCUCGACCUCUCCCUGUUGUCCUUCUUCCUCCACCACCUGACGGGGUGUCGGUAGCGUCUUAGCCAAGAGUCCAAUUAAAGAACGAAAAGCGGGCCGGCUCGGCUUCUGACCUGGCACCGCUGCUACGGCGGCCUAGCAAAUUCCGCCCCAGAAGUGCCCCAGGAAGGGCGCCGAGUGCCCUCUCCUGGACGAUCGCGGGUCGCAGAAGCCCAGGCCAGCGAGCCCUACAGAGUGAGGACACUGAAGUGUGCAGGAGCGAAGGUUAACAGUAGGGGAGAUUGUCGAUCUCAUCACCAUAAUAAAGAGUUUCCUGUGCCCUCCCUUCA